ACUGUUUUGUUGAAAUUGGACACAAUUCAAGUCAAACAAGGAAUAAUUGUGCAAAGAAGCAGCAGCAGCAUUUCAGCUCAGACUGCAACAGGACACUCAGCAACUGCUACACUCGGUUCAGCAGAGUCAAACAUGAGAUGUCUAGUGUUUCUGCUCUUGGUGGCUUUGGCCAGCGCUAAGGUCUACGAGCGCUGUGAAUGGGCCCGAGUGCUGAAGGAUCAUGGGAUGGACAACUACUAUGGCAACAGCCUGGCUGACUGGGUUUGUCUCAGCAAGUGGGAGUCUAGUUACACCACCACCGCAACCAACCACAACACCGAUGGAUCCACGGACUAUGGCAUCUUUCAGAUAAACAGCCGCUGGUGGUGUGAAGACGGCCGAACCCCCAGCUCCAAGAACGCCUGCAACAUCAAUUGCAGAGAUCUUCUGACCAAUGAUGUCGGUGUGGCGAUCAAUUGUGCCAAGCGCGUUGUUAGGGACCCGAAUGGCAUCAGAGCGUGGGUGGCCUGGCGCAGCCACUGCGAGAACCGUGACCUGAGCGGCUACGUGGCAGGAUGUGGGCUCUAACUUACAUGAGAGACCAGGAUGCUGUCAUCAACAUAAAACAUGUUUUAAGAACAAGUGUCAUUUUGAACAACAAUGAGAUAUUUGAGGACAAACAUUUCAAUGAUCUUGCAAAAUAAAACAAAUAAAUGAACUGAA